AUUUUGUUCACGCACACAAGGCGUGAUUCAUAGCUGGCGCACCAGGGCCCGACAGAGGGCGUCGCGUCACCGAGGCGGGGGGGACGGCUGCCAGCAGCAGCGCCCCGCACCGCACCGCCGCACUCCAUCACCGGACACAGCCGACGACGCGCGCGCAUACCUAUCUUAGUUUUCCAACAUUUGUACUGUCCAGUGAACCAAUAUAUUAUGUACUAAGUGUUACAGUCCACUUUUCAUUUAAGUACCUUUAGUUAGGUCCCCUACAUUUUGGUCACUUCGGCCUUCUACAAUUUAAAUCCGCGUAACGGGUUUCUACGAACAAAGAAAUCGUUCGCGCGGUGACAGUACGAGGCGACGUUGGUGGACUUUGAUACGAGCGACGAGUCUUCAAAAGCGCCGUGUCACUACAAGCGGCAUUCGAGAGAAGAGAAGUUUGGAGUUGGAGUCGUCUAAAUACGUAGAACGAGGAGAGGACGUCUACGAGUUCCCGAAGUCUUCACGUCGACGGUGGUCAAGUCUCGACUUAGUUGGUCGAACACGCCGGGUCAUCUACGUGCUUCGUGGGAAUCAACACAGUUCGCCUUGUGGAUAAAGAUAAGCAUAUUUGUGUAUCGUUCCAAAUUCCUUUCUUUAUAAUUUCCGUUACAAAUUCAAAUUUCAAAAAUUUCCGUUGCAACCGUUUUCAGUUCAGUUUCAAAUUUGAGCAAACAAGUGAUUAUUUAAAUCAUUUUUAAGUCUAUUGGCAUUAACGCGCAUUCAUUCAGUGCUGUAUGGAAUAGAUUUCUUAUCGGUUUACCGUUUAAGUUCUUUGCUAAUGAGCUAACGGUCACGAGUCACGAGCCUAUUCGUAUUGAAACAUCUGGUUGCUACAUUAGUCAUCACUUGUGCAUUUGCUUAUCGCCUUAUCUGUUAUUCAAUCGCAUUAUUUCAUAACAUCUUUUGUAUUUUUUAUUUUCAAACCACCUUCUUAUAAUGGCUAAUGAAGAUUUGUUAAUAAGAAAACGCAGUGCUAUUAAAGCUAAGCUUACGAAUUUUUGCAAUCAUGUUAAUGUGCUUAUGAGUUGCGAUUCAUUAUCCAGUUUGCAGCGUAUUGAGCUAGAGGGUCGCCUUCGUAAAUUUGAUGCUUUAUACGAUGAAUUUGAUAAUUUGCAGUUGGAGAUCGAGGUGCUCUCGGAUAAGCCAGACGAGGCGUACGGGGAACGUGCCAAGUUUGAGGAGCGGUACCACGCGGUGGCAGCUCAGGCGCGCAGCCUGCUUAUCAGCGCUGAUGCCGGCGUUGACGGCGGGUCUGUAGCGGGCUCAGCGGAUAAAAGCACAGCUCUGGUGACAGUGGUCAGCACCCGAGGUGAGAAGUUCGACGCCAGGAUCCUGCUGGAUAACGGUAGCACAGCUAAUUUUAUCACUGAAACACUGUGUCACAAGCUGGGAUUGCCUAGACGUAACGUUAACUCCACGAUAUCAGGUGAGUCGUACGAGAUGGCUAAGCGGCGAUUUCUAUCAUUGGAGCGUCGUUUUCUUCGUGAUCCAAGUUUCAAGGAGCGUUAUGUUGCCUUCAUGGAGGAGUAUGAGCGUCUUGGACACAUGACAGAGAAUCCAACGUCUAGGAAGCCACAUUCAGGUGACGAUAUUGAAUAUUUUUUGCCUCAUCAUGGGGUCAUCAGAGAAUCCAGCUCGACCACGAAACUACGGGCAGUCUUUGAUGCUUCAGCGGCAACCACGUCUGGUGUGUCGUUCAAUCAAAUCCAGAUGGUUGGCCCGACUAUCCAAGAAGAUCUUCUGUCAAUUUUACUAAGAUUUAGGCAAUAUAAGUACGUUAUAUCAGGAGAUAUAGCUAGAAUGUAUCGUGCUGUUGCUGUAACACCGUCGCAACGUCCAUUGCAACAAAUUAUCUUCAGGACUGAUCCUAAGUUACCGUUAAAGACUUAUUGUCUAAAUACUGUUACCUAUGGCACAGCUUCUGCUCCGUACUUAGCAACAAAGUGUUUAGUGAGUUUGGCUAAUGUUGCUACAAGUCCUACCGUCAAGUCUUCAAUUGAGCGUGAUUUUUACAUAGAUGACUAUCUUUCAGGCGGUAAUUCGGUUUCAGGCGUAGUAGAAAUGGUCAAGGAAGUUAUCUCUGUGUUAGCGUCAGCGAAUUUUCACAUACGAAAAUGGCAAUCUAAUAGUUCUUCAAUUUUAGACCAGGUUUGCGACAGCUCAACAGUUGUGGAUUGUCUAAGAUUGUCUGAAGAUAAGAACGCGUCAUCAAAAACAUUAGGGUUACGCUGGGUGUGUGAGGCAGAUUAUUUGGCAUUUUCUAUUUCUAUUGAUGAUAAGAAACAAGUUUCUAAACGCCAAAUUUUGUCAGUCAUCAGUCAAAUAUUUGACCCAUUAGGCUUGGUUGGUCCAUGUGUAGUCGAGGCUAAGAUUGUCAUGCAGAAGCUGUGGUUGGAUAAGUGUGACUGGGAUGAGCAGGUGCCAGAGUCUAUAUGCCAUUUUUGGAGUAAUUUUGUUAACACUCUUCCAAGUUUAAACAAUCUACGCAUUCCAAGAUGGGUUGUGUGUGACAAUGCUAUAUUGCAUGAAAUUCAUGUUUUUACAGAUGCCUCUGAGAGAGCCUUUGGUUGUUGCGUAUAUCUUCGGUAG